AUGUCAACAGCGACAGAGCGACCUGCGCCGAAGGACGUAUCCUAUCACUUUUCUCGUGUUGCCAGAAAGCGGCUCCCCAGUCAGGUCAAACGUUUCUAUCAAUACUUUUCUAUCCCAGGAAUUGGGAAUCUAGCAGGAGGCUUACCCAACCCUGGGUAUUUCCCAUAUGAUACCUUAGAAGCAGCAAGUGCACUUCCAGAUCGAUUCAAGCCCACACCUAACAAACCUGUCGACCCUCCGGCCACCGAACUUUCAAGAGCGAGUAUCUCUGAUGGACCAGCCGCAGCGCGCGUCCUUGUUCCUCAUGAUUCUGCGGAACCUAACCUGCUGCGCAAGAUUGAUCUGACUACCGCGCUCCAAUAUGGCACAGCCCAGGGCUAUCCUCCUCUUUACUCCUUCGUUAGAGAUUUUGCGCAGAACUACUUGCAUCCCAAUGUUCCAUAUAAAGGGGGCCCUGAAGUGAUCCUGACCUGUGGGUCAACCGACGGGUUUUCCAAGGCACUUGACCUUUUUAGUAAUGUAUGGGACGAAGAAAGAGAUUGGAUUCGGGAAAGAGAAGGCCUUCUCUGUGAAGAAUUUGCGUAUAUGAAUGCCAUCCAAACAGCAAAGCCUCGAGGUCUUAACGUGGUGCCAGUAGCAAUUGAUGAUGAGGGAAUGUUGGCUCAUGGGAAAGGCGGCCUUGAAGACGUCUUGUCCUCUUGGGACAAGAACAAGGGCAAAAGGCCUCAUCUCAUAUACACCGUCACCAUGGGCCAAAACCCUACUUCUGGGCUUCUCUCGGUCACAAGGCGCAAAGAGAUCUACGCACUGGCACAGAAGUUUGACCUCAUUAUCAUUGAAGAUGACCCGUAUUGGUACCUUCAGUAUCCAUCGGCCAACGAAAUUUCAGUCAAGGCCAGGGGAAAGCCAGUAUCUAUGAACUUUCCUGUCGACCCCAAACACAACUACAACACCACUUCUGGGGGCCGAUCCAGUGGCUUCCCAUUUUUGGACAGCCUUGUUCCGUCGUACCUUUCGCUUGACGUUGACGGGAGAGUACUGAGAUUGGACACCUUCAGCAAGACUGUAGCGCCAGGUUGCCGACUGGGGUGGAUCACGGCCCAACCAGCUGUUGUGGAGAAAGUCCAACUGAUUACUGAGACUGGAACGCAGCAACCCAGUGGAUUUGUUCAAAGCCUGGUUGCCGAACUUCUCUUGGGACCUUCGGCCCACGGUGAUCCCGGUAAGGGAGGCAGCAAAGAUGGCAGUGGUUGGGGUAUAGAUGGAUGGGUUCGCUGGCUUGAAGGUCUCCGAGGCAACUACGAGAGGCGCAUGCAGCUUAUGGCAAAUAUCCUUGAUGAAGGGCAAUUCUUGAUCCAAGACACACCGCGCAGAUCAAGCAUCUCACAGUUGGAUGCCGAUGAUUACCAGGUGCUUCACAAAACCCAACUUUACGACUUCGCUUACCCCAUGGCCGGCAUGUUCCUUUGGCUCCGGGUACAUUUUGAGACACAUCCACUCUUUGGCAAGGUGCAUGGCCCACGACUUUCACAGGCGUUGUGGGUUCUCAUGACCCAGAAACCUUAUCUUGUCUUACUCGCACCCGGCACCAUGUUCUCACCUACCCAACAAAUCAUGGAGGAGAAGGGCUGGCAGUACUAUCGACUUUGCUUUGCCGCUGUGGAUGAUGAACUUGUCGAGAAGCACAGCCGUGGAACUGUCGAUGCUGUUGUAGCCUUCUGGGCCAUCGAUGAUGUCAAGAAAAUUGACGAACUGCUAAAAGAUAUAGAAGGCGAGUCAAGAUUGACCGCUCUCCAGGCAGAGAAUCAGGUAAGUCUCUCCAGUUAG